CGCCAAGAAACCCAUGUAUAGAAGCCCUUAUAUCGACACUCUAGGGUAAGGGUUUUUCAUCAGUAACCAGACCCCGUAGCAGCAGAAGCCGAUCAGAAGCAAGCGAAAAUGCCGUCACACAAGACAUUUAGGAUCAAGAAGAAACUAGCAAAGAAGAUGAGGCAAAACAGGCCUAUCCCUCAUUGGAUUCGCAUGAGAACUGAUAACACUAUCAGGUACAACGCCAAGCGCAGGCACUGGAGAAGAACUAAGCUUGGAUUCUAAGGUGUUUUAGGUGCUUGGAAUAUCGGGAUUUGUUAAUUAAAUUCGGUUGUAAUUCGUUGGAGAUUUGAUAAGAAGAGAAUAGGAUUUGAUUUUGUUUUCUAUGGAACUCAUGGGAGUCCCACCUGAUAAAUCUUGCUAUGUUUGAAGUAUUGAUU